ACAUCUAAAAAUAUUUCAAAAUAUUUACCACUCCUAGGUGGAAUCUUGGCUGUCUCCCAACGAUCUACGGACCAAUCCUGUUAUUACACGGGGGAAUUACAUCACCUAAAACAUGGUGUACGGAGAGAUUUUUGACCAUUCCUUUUUCGGAAUUACUCCGAAACGGACAAACAGCCAUGUCCGCUGUCCUGUUCAUUUUAUCUAUGGCAGUUGUCACUGUCGCCGCUGGAAAACUUGUCAGCUAUUGUGAUGUUGACAAACAGGAGUUUUACGUUAAACAGUGGGGGCAGUGCAAGGCUUGUGAUAGAUGUCCAAGGGGUUACGGGCUGAAUUCAAAGAGAGAUGUACGACUGGACCCAGUUUACGGAGCGCUCCACUGCAGAGGUUGUGUGAAAUGCACCGCCGGUGAAACCUAUAAUUCUGAGAUAGGAUACGGGGAAUGUCUCAGAUGUACAAACUGUACGGCUUACCGAAGAACUGUCAUAACAGAGUGUACAAUAGAAACAGAUACAAUCUGCAGCAAGACUGUAAUACAGGAGAAUGGACUACUCCAGUCGUUCCAGAAUAAGCGUGAAUCCUCUUCUCAGGAUCAAACUAACUCGGACCCAAAAUCAGACACCGAGGACAAUAUCGGCAAACAAGACCUAGAAAAUACAGAUUUGAAUCCUGUGCUGAUGUGGUCUGGAGUUUUUGCAAUAGCAAUGUUUGUUCCUCUUUCAGUUAUGAUUUUCAGAAGAAAUAGAGACAAAAUAAAUUGCUGGAAAAAAGACCUAGACAUUUCUAUAGAUGCUCAAGAGCAAGAAAGCUUACAUAAAAAAGAUACAUCUGAUGUUCCUACCACACUUGAAUCUGUUGUGGAAUCAGUCUCUUUAAAAACCGUGGAAUCCAAAAAAGACUGCUCAGAAGAAACUAACAAGUCUCAUAAACGACUAUCAGUGAUGUCUGAUGACAUGCCACCAUUAGAGAGCAACUUCUAUUACAGUUUGAGCAGUGACAUCCACUUAAAUGGAAUGGAUGCUAAAAAUCCCCAAAACAGAUUUGUAUUCGACCAAUCCUAUAUCUACACGAGGGAUUUCAUCACCCAAAAACGAUGGACGGAGGGAAUGUGUUUAUUCUCUGUUCAGUCGUUCUACGGGACGGACCUGACAGCAAUGGCUCUUGUCCUCACCCUAUUUACUUUGGCAUUGGCUACUGUAACCACAGGAACAGAUGUCUAUUGUGAUGUUGAGAACAACGAGUUUUAUGUGGUGCAGUGGGGUCAGUGCAAAUAUUGUGACAGAUGUCCGGGAGGAUACGGACUGGAUAUACAGAGAAAUAUAAUUAUUGACCCAGUUCACGGUGCUCUCGGUUGUAGAGGGUGUGUUAAAUGUGUAGACGGUGAAACGUUUAGUUCUGUUAUCGGGUAUGAGCAAUGCAAGAGUUGUACCGACUGUACGGAACAAGGUAAAAGUGUUGCAACACCCUGUUCAAGAGAAAGGGAUACGGUCUGCAGCAGGAAUAUCUUACGUGUAACGAGGAAGAACCAGACUCCUUUGCUUCAAACAACACCAAAACCAGUUUUCCUCAACAAUGGUGAUGACAACAGGGGUGAUCAGAACAAGGAAUACUAUACGGAUUUUAACCCUUUACUUACAACAGUUGGAGCUGUGGUGGGUUUUAUCGUCGUUGUUCCAUCAGCAGUGAUACUCGUUAUAAUGAGGAAAAGAUUAAAUUGUCGUAAACGAGAUUCUUCUAAGUUUGAAGACCCCGAAGAACAAGACAGACUCAGUAAAAAAAAUGUUGAGACUGAUCCACCUACCUGCGAAAGCAAAAUAGAAACAAUCAACUCAUCUGAAUUGGAUUGUGUAGCAAACCUUCUAACAGAAAGUGAACAGAAUGAAAAGAACAAGGAAAGAAAACCACCUUCUGAUGUUUCCAUUGAUUUCUCCGGGAAUUUUUCUUAUGAUAAUGAUUUAGAGAUAGACGCAGAGGAACAGAAAUUAGACCCAAGAUGGAAUGAAGUUCCCUCAGACAAAGAAUUACAGGAUAUAUGUCCUUCUAUUGCCCAUAGUAAUAUUUACGCCCGUCUUGGUCGAGAAUUGGGAGUUGAGGACUGUGAAAUAAAGAGAAUCAAAGAGGAACAGCAUGGCGAUCUUCAAGAAACAGCAUUUCAGACACUUAAGAAGUGGAGAGAACUGAAUGGAAAAUCAGCAACAAAGUCUAAACUUCAAUGCGCACUCAAAAGAGUUGGAAUGGGUAACAUCUCUUUGAUUGAUGAUCGAUGAUAUGUAUCUUUCUUGAUUUGGUGAGAUAAAUACCUAUCCAAGGUAAGGAAGCGUAGGUGUCCAGAGGGUUGCGCAUCGUACAUGUUCAGGUGGUUGCUGAAGACAGAAUCUUCGCCCAAGCUCCAGAUGCGAGGAACAAGUUCUUCAAGAUGACGUACAGCGAUUCAGCAAGGAUGUUUUGUUCAUGAUGUGUAAUAGGUCGCAGUGUACCUUACAUAAUAUGAUUGUAUAUAUAACUUGAGAAAAAGGGAAAUUUCAUUGUUGCGUUUUUAAAAAAUAAUUUGUUACACAAGUAUAAC